AUGGCAUGCUUCCGUGUCGUGGCCGUCAAUUGGAAGAAGAAGACGCCCGUCAAGGUUCACUUCAUGGGCUACGCCAAGGAGCACGACGAAUGGCUGAGCGCGGAACGUCUGCGCUCCAGGGCCAUUGUGCCGCUCAAGGGGCAGGAGGAGGGAUCCCAGGCUUCCUUCGGUGCCAGCGUGCCACCCCUGGCCAAGAAGUACCUCCGCGUCAACGCGAAGGUUUUCGCUCGGCUGAAUCCAGGCUUUUGCCCCUGGGUUCUUGCCAAGAAACAGUACCUCGAGGCGACAAAGGACUGCAACGACACCAUCACGUGGGCCUUGCAACACGACAAGGGUUGCACGCUCUACACUCUGCCGGUUUUCCUGGACAGGGACGAAACAUCGGCCUACCUUGCGGGCGUCGUCAUCCAGGAGAUGAUCUGGAAACUCCGUGCCUCGAGCUUGAUACUCUGCGGACCUCCCAAGAUCUGCCAAUGCGUGCAGAAAUGCUUCUCGAUUGGAGGAGCUUACGAGUUCGAGCUGAGGUCCAUGCGGGAAGUCUGCGGCGCGCCCCGCAAGCCUUUCGAGGUAUCCAUCGUGGGACAUGAGUCAGCGCUGCCCGCUGCUUUCGACGCGCCCGAGGUGGAGCGGCGUGCAGAGGCCCCAGGUCACUCUUCCGUGAGGCUUUCCAGCUUCCACGGCCAAUCACGGCCUCGGCCAAGUGGCACAGGAUUUCCCGAGCCCACCAGCUCUGGGCACCACCCGUGA